AUGCCCCCCUCAGACUCCGUCCACGGAAUUGCCUUCCGACAGCCGAUAUUCCCGCACAUCGUGCACCCGCGGCUCACCCAAAACACUGUCAACGGCAUUCGCCAUCGUCGCCACCAAAGCGCCAGACUGCGUGGUUCCCUCACACACCACGUGCAUGCUUAUCGCGCUCUCAACGAAAAGGCAAAAGUCUCUCGCCCCAUGUGUCCAAAAGGCCUGUCGGACCAAACGGACGACUCGCACUACCGCCUGCCAAACCGUGUGUGGGGCAACUUCCCACGCACCACCAGCGACCCCCCCCCACUUCCCCCACUUCCCCCAAGCCUCUCACCAACACCGCGGAAGCUGAUGGACAUCUCGGCGGGUAGACCGACUCAUUCUCCAGCAUUUUAUGUGGACACCCCCGCUCCAAUUUACCGGCGCCAAACGGCAAAGCCACCCCAACCCGCC